AUGGAAUCUAAUCCCGAAACCAUCAAGAUCAUCUCACAAUGUCUCUGCCAGUCCCUCAACCCCGAUCCUGCUCAUCGCAAGCUUGCCGAGGAACAGUUAGAAAUGGCCAAGCAACACUUAGGCUUUGGCAAUGUGCUCAUAGCGAUCACCCAGGACCUUAAGGCAGAACCAACUGCCAGACAAGCAGCCGCCCUCGCUUUCAAGAACUGGGUCAAAAAUUCUUGGGCCCCGGAAGAGGGAGAAGAGAGUCAAAUUUCUACAGCCGAUCGCGACAGUCUCAAAUCAAAGCUUGUCUCAGUUCUAAUCUCGCUAGCUAAUUCACCCAGUCUACUAGUUCAAUACUCCGAAGCAAUCUCGAUCAUAGCCACUUCCGACUUCCCAGAACACUGGCCUGACCUCAUCGAUCAGAUCGUACAAAAUUUCAAUCCGAAUGACUGGAAUGCCAACAAUGCACUCUUGAGCACUGCCCAUGCAAUCUUCAAAAGGUGGCGCGCUCAAUUCAGGACUGAUAGUCUAUUCCUGGAAAUCAAAUACGUCUUGGAACGCUUUUGUGAACCGUAUCUUCAGCUUUUUAAAUUGCUAGAUACAGCACUUACCAAUGUAGCCCCCACCCUUCCACAAUCUGAACAGCAAAUCCUUGCCAAAAGUCUCCUCUUCAUGAUCCAAAUUUAUUACGAUCUCAACUGUCAAGAUAUUCCUGAAUAUUUCGAGGAUCACCUCGAAGAGUUCAUGAACCUGCUUCAUAAAUAUUUGACAUGGGAAAUUCCAUAUCUAGCCUCCGCUCGACAAGAGGACGCUGAUGACGAAGAAGAGGGUGAAGCUGGAGAGUUAGAAAAGAUUCGCGCCGGUAUAUGCGAAGUCGUGGAACUCUACAGUCUAAGGUACCUCGACGUCUUUCCCAUGAUGGACGUGUUUGUCAAAACGUGCUGGGACAUGUUAACCAGAUUAGGCCGUCAGCAGCGCUCAGAUAUUCUUGUCAGCAAAGCCACGCGCUUUUUAUCGGUAGUAGUUAAAAUGCCAUCACAGAGGGCCCUCUUUGAAAGCUUAGAAACCUUGGAAGCGAUUUGCGAGAAAAUUGUACUGCCUAAUAUGUUUUUGCGAAACUUCGAAGUUGAAAUGUUCGAGGACGAUCCCGCCGAGUUCGUCCGCCGUGAUCUUGAAGGCUCCGAUAACGAUACCCGCAGACAGGCUGCGAUCGAAAUCACUCGAGCUUUGAUCGAGCAAUUUCAGAAAGAAGUGACUGCGAUUAUCACUCGAUAUGUCCAAAACUAUCUACAGCAAUAUGCCGCAGAUCCGACUGGCAAUUGGCGUUUAAAAGAUGCCGCUGUUUCCCUUCUCGCAUCCAUAGCAUCCCGUAGUUCUACCACGGCUGGCGGAGUUACCAACACCAAUGCCUUGGUGGACGUAGUGCUGUUCUUCUCAGAACAAGUAGUCCAAGAUUUAUCAGUCAAGAAUUCAGCCCCACCCCAUCCAAUCAUUGUUGCGGACGCCAUCAAAUUUCUACAUACGUUUCGCAACCAGCUGACACGAGAGCAGCUGAUUUCGGUAAUGCCACUGCUUGUACCUCAUUUGAACUCUGAAGUUUCUGUUAUCUAUACGUAUGCAGCAAUUACGGUCGAACGGAUUUUGUUCAUGAAGCGCAACAAUCAACUGCUAUUCAGUUCGACUGAUCUGAAAGACUUGGCACCCGAGUUAUUGACCGGAUUAUUUGCCCAGAUACGCAAAGGAACUACACCCCAGCAAAUAGCGCAGAAUGAGAUGUUGAUGAAAUGUGUAAUGCGAGUGAUCGUGACCGCACAAAAAGCCCUGUUACCGCAUUGUGAAGUGAUCUUAUCGAAUCUCAUCAUGAUCUUAACCGAAAUCAGCAAAAACCCGAGCAAUCCAAAAUUCAACCAUUAUACAUUCGAAAGCAUUUCUGCGCUGAUACGUUUCAUGACGAUGGCAGAUACGAGGACAUUGCCCAUCUUUGAGCAGGCCCUCUUCCCAAUCUUUUCACAAAUCCUGACCCAAGACGUACAAGACUUUUCUCCCUUCGUCUUCCAAAUUCUUUCCCAGAUGCUCGAGCUCCAUACAAAUCAUUCAGAACCUCUUUCAGACUAUUACAAUGAUCUGUUACCUCCGCUUCUGACUCCGACGUUAUGGGAGCUUCGUGGGAACGUUCCUGCUUUGGUUCGGUUGCUCAGGGCUUACCUCAGUGCCGGUGCUCCCCGGAUCGUUGCCGAAAAUCGCAUCUCAGCUAUGCUUGGAGUGUUCCAAAAGUUGAUUGGCUCAAAGCUAAACGACGUUUAUGGAUUUGAACUUUUAGAAGCUUUGUUUGAGCACGUUCCUGUAGACGCUCUAUUGCCAUAUCUCCGAAACGUAUUUCUUCUGCUACUUACCCGGCUCCAACAAAGCAAGACUGAUAAAUUCACAUCGGCCUUCCUCUACACAAUCAUGUUCAUCGUGACUUUGGAAAAGCCUCAGUUGUCGCCUGACCUCUUAAUCAAUACCAUCAAUGCAGUUCAACCUGGUCUAUUUUCUCAGGUCAUGGAAGGUGUACUUUUGCCCGCUGUUGCUUCAACACCACCUAAACAGCGCCGCGUAGUUGCUCUUGGGCACAUAUCCUUGCUAACUCGAGCAAGGACUCUGCAAUGCGAGGCAGAGUCUCGACUGUACCUUCCAGUUCUCAUAUCCGUCCUGCGCUUGUUUACUCUACCCCAGCUAAAGCCAACCGAAAAUACGGCGGGCGAAAAUAGCGAGUUGAACGUGACUGACUUGGAAGAACACGGCUAUCAAGUGGGAUUCAGUAGACUCGGAGCCAGUGAGACCAUUGGCAAAAGGGAUCCAUUUAGUGCUAUGGUUGAUCCUCGCGACGCUCUAGCUAGUGGGCUGGUUAAAGCUGGCGAAGCGCAACCAGGAAAAAUACCUGCUUUGAUCUCUCAGGUCCCUUCGGAAUUUGCAACACCAUACCUCCAAUGGCUCGCUGCGGCCGGUUAUCAAAUCAAGUAA